ACUCGAUAAGAUUUGUUGACGGUGCAGUACAAAUUAAUCGAUCCUGAUGCUAUAUAUCAAAAGACUUGAAGCAAAGAAAGUGCAAUAGCCAAUAGUGCAACAUAAUAUUGCGAAGAAUGCUUGAAACCAGAGGUGUAUAGAUCUAAAUUAGGAAAGAUGAAUUCGGAUUUUUGAACCCUGGAUUUUGAGGCGAUAAAUCUAGAUCUAGAGUCUAGAGCUAUUGAUUUUGAAGUUGAGAAAAAUAUUACUGUGUACGGGUAUUAACAUUCACAGACAGUUGUAAUGCCCAGUGGCCGCCGGAUAUUUUCCCGUAUUCAGUCGGGAAAUGCCUACUCGUCGUCAGGAAAAAGUGGUGGCUCCGGGGGCAGCCACGGUCCCGAUGACUCAAGUGGCAAUGUGGUUCCUCUUGCCUCGAUGGUGGUCCUGCCCAAACACAGCUACCUGCCAGAUAUCCCUAUGGACAGCAACCUGUAUUUUGAGUGCAUGCUGUUUGUCUUUGGUAUCAUCAUGAUGUGUCUACAGUACAUCAACUUGUACAAGACCGUGUGGUGGUUGCCACAGUCCCAUGCACAGUAUGCUCUGAAUUUUUACCUUAUUGAUUUUUACCUGGUUGGUUUUAUUUCAAUACUGCUGGCUACAAGAUUUUUGGUCUACUUUGUACAAGAGAUUCAUAGUGCAAAACUGUUGUUCUGGUUGAUGCAGGGGGCAAAGGUCGUACUCAGCUUUUGCUUUAUCAUUGGUCUUGGAGUGACCGGCUACAUGGUUGUUUCUGAGCAUGGUAUCAAAACAUGCCUGUUUUUGUUUUAUCCUGUUGUCAUCUAUCUCGUCCUGUUUGGGUUUGCCGUAAAACCGCUGUACCAGCGCUACCAAGCCUGGCCCCGACCUGCCCUCAGCAUGGAUCGCCAGACAUCGGGGCCGCAGAGGUUCAAGGUCAGGGAUGAUGUUCCACUUGGCCAUGCAUGCACUCUGACCCCUGACAUCGUGAGAGAUGAAGUGGACAUUCUCAAAAGAGACUUCAACAUGCGACUGAAGCAGAUAUUGUUCAACUCUCUAACCACGUCAUUUUAUGCUACUGGUGUUCCUGUUUGGUUCUCGCAGAAUGCUCACAGUAGCUGUGAUGCAUGCUGGAACACGCUGUACUAUGACUCAUGGUGGAUGUGGCAACACGUGUGCUUGACCUGGCUGAGCGCGCUACUCAUGCUCACCUCCCACUUCCUCCCGCCGCACUACCUACACCUGCUGCACAAGAGCGCGCGUCAUUUAGGCCGAUGGCAGAGGAUGGAGGCUCGACAUGCACACGUGCCCUAUAAUGCGUGGUCAGAGCUACAGGUGUGGCCACAGGGAGCUCUGGUCAAACACGUCCGGGGUUUGUUCAAGGCUGAGGGAAUCAUCGUGACUGCUGAACCCGGGAACAGCCUGCACAGUCGGUUUUAUAUGCUGUUUCACCAACCCCUGAGAGUUAUGAACUGGCUGGUAAGUCUAACAGGGCUGGUGGUCGGCUACCAAAUGUUCCGACUGUUACAGAGCUCAGAGUGGAGCCACGUAAUCUCACUCGCCCUCCUCAUGUUCUGCAACUUUUACACCCUCUUCAAGCUGGUCCGUGAUUGGUUCAUCAUGGGAAAAGUCUACAAGCAGCAUGAUUACGGCAUCACUGACUGAGCUGAGAACAUGGUGAAAGGACAAAAGGAUAUUAUGUGAUCCAAUUAUUGGUCUCAUCUAUUGUCAAUUUGAUGUUGGCAGCACCAACUGCAUUGAGAACACAUACUCUAAGGUAUCGAAUAAACAAGGGGGGAUCGGAAAAAA